AGAUGGAACCUGCGGAGCUAGAAUUUAUCGGUGAAAAUUCAUUAAUUAGUGUUAUACCCAAUUUCAAUCAUGAUUCGAUCUAUCUCAUUUCGGGUACUAUCGAACCAUUCCGCGGGGGUACCCCGCUUUACGUUCCGCUGUGGCUAGGCAUCCACCUUCGUCAACAGCAAAAGUGUCGCAUCGUUGCACCACACUGGAUGGACAUAGAUCUGCUAGAAGAUAUCAAGGAAACCGAGAAACGUGUCAGCUCAUUUACGAAAAUGCCCAGUGACAACUAUAUGGUAGAGGCCAAAUUGAUCCUUAGCACUGCUCCGGAAGACGUUCCAUCGUCUGAUGUGAUUAAAACACUCAUCAAAGAUAUUUACGAUGUUCGCUGUGCUAAGCUGCGAACCACAGUGGAAAGUUUCAUCAAAAGCGAAGGGUCUCACAUGGUCAAUUUAGAGAAUGUAACCGUGCUGGAGCUUCACACAAUACAACCAUUGCUUCCGCACGCGAUGGACUUUUUGUGUCGAAUAGAACAAACGAAGAAGAAGGUGGUAAGGUCGGUAAACACAUCGAGUCAAUCGUUCUCCCUAGCGGGCAACAGCGGAUUGGGGACUUCUGGGUCAUCCAGACCUUGGUGAGAUAUAUUGAGGAUGUAAAACAUUCAGUAAUCUGGGGGGGACAUUCACAAACGUUGGGUAAGGAUAAACGGAACCAUAAUUGCUUACAAGAAGGAGAUAAAAGUCCAGGAGAAAAAAAUGUUCAUGGUACGGAAUAUUGUAUUUCUUAGGUGUUUAUAAUUUAGUAUCAUUUCAUUAUUUGCAAUGAUAAUACAUGUUUAGGUUAAAAAACACAGUUUUUCAUAGACUGGAAAUUGUUACGUAAAAUGCCCCCACUUCCCAUACUCACUUUAAAUAGAACUGGAAAAUUCAUGGCAUGUGUAGAACAUGCAAAUACAAAUAUGAACUAAUAUAUUUAAACUAGCCAAAUGUCGUAAUGUGAACGUCUGUUAAUGUUGAAAUUAAGUGGUUAAUUUUUAGUUAAAGCUACCAUUUUGGUGAAUUUCCAUUUAAGUCAAAAAAUAAAAUUUAGAGAGAAUUUAAAAAAAAAAAAAUCAUUUACACUGAAACGAAGGCAGGCAUAAGUAAGUGUACAACUUGGAAAUGAUAUUGUUACAUCUCGGGUCUCUUGGUGCGGGUCUAGUGAAUAUCACUGUCUGUGUGAUUUCUUGAGU